GUAUUUAGGCGCUAUGUUUAUAAAUUGCGGUACUUGAGCUUGACGACAGAAAUACUUUAUGGCUGCUUCUUCUGUGAGUCCCAACCCGUGGUGGAGUUUCUUUGUUUGGUUCAUUGCUGUGAACUGUUGGCCACUACUGUAAAUUUCAGUUCACAAGGCUUGCUCAUAUUGUACAUAAGACGCAUCUACUGUACGAUGUACUGCGCUUGGGUCAAUAAUAAUUCUGUUCAUGUGGUCAACCUGAAACACCGUCAAUAAAUUUAAAAGUAUCCCAUCACAUUGAUACGAUAUGUGACCUGUCACAUAGUACUGUCAAUGGAUUUCUUUGUAGUGGUUGCUAUUAUAGUUAGUUAAUAAAAGGUUGUCUAUUAUUUAGCCAAGAAGGUCACUGGGCCUCGAGCGUAAGCAUUCCGGUCUUAUUUCGCAAAACGGGAAUCUAUGUUUGGAGAUAGAGAAUUUAGGGAGAAACGUCGGACAUUCCAGAAUUAUAUAUGUACGACAAUAGUGGUAACUUUGAUUUUUCCCCCAAUAACUUUGAUAUUCACUCUUUACAUACAAAAAUGGUUUUACUUACCACUCGUCAUUGUAUAGAACUCGGAAUAUAAUACCUUGUCAAUUCUUCACUAAUAGUCACCUAACCUGACUGAAUUCUAAAUUGUAAUUCAUAAUUGUAGAAAACUGAAAUAGGUUUUUAUUGUCUCUAUAUGGGUUUCUACAAACUACCACUUGGAUCCUGUUAAGUGGGUUAUCCUAUCAUCAACCGAGAUGUUAGGCAAAAUUAGUUUACAAUCUCAUAGUGCCAUAUACAAAUGUAGAUUUCCAAGUUAGGUAUCUCCGUCCCAGAACCAAUAAUUGGUUAUCUUAAUCCAUGAAGCGGUGGCAAUUUUAGCUUUUGCACGGUUAUUAGUAAGAUGAAUUAUGAUAGCAUACAUAUUACGUCUGUUGUGACGACUGUUAUCACUACUUAAUUGUCCUAAUUGUGGUAGACUGAGCUAAUUUCAUUGGAUUUAUAACUACAUUUACGUCUAUUGCACUUCUGAACAAUUUUGCAGCAACUUGAUGCAGAAUGCGUUGACAUUCGUUAGAUGUUAAUUAACAGCCUCAAUCAGUGUUAUAAGACAUCACACUUAUUUUCCAAUGCUUUCCAUCAUCCUCAAAAGCGUUUGCACACCAUGGGAUUUCGCAUAUAGUUUAACGAACAGUCGUUUAGAGAUAACAUCAGUUGAAUAUCUUUAGCUGCAGUAUAUUGGAAAAGCUGAUUUUACUGAUAAACACCAACUUUUCUCACAAUGUGCCAUUGGUCACUUUUUCAGAGAGCAUCAUUUUGUUAGUGUUGUUGCAUUCUGAGUAGCUUUCUCAGUUAUAUUUACUGUGAGUAAGAAUCUCAAGGAGAAUACUUUAUUUAGGAUUCUUAAUAAAUUAUUCAUUCGUGUGCUGUGUAAAAGGUUAUGCGCUACUUAUAGCCAACGUUUUAUAAUUAGUUAUGUGGUUUGCGAUUUUAGUCAGGUACUUGACUGUAUCAUCACCCUUCUCAACUAUCUAGUUUGUUACACUUCUUGUCAUAAGAACUGUUAGGUAAACAAGUCAAGUAACCCUGCAAAAUGACACGCUAAAUUAUGUAGAAUUAUUGAUAUUUUUUCUGGGGAUUCAGCAUACUAUCAAUGUACUGAAUUUAGUUUUUCCAUGAUUUGCUUCCAUUGUUAAUUUUAGAUAAGUUGCUCAGAUAAAUCGACAGUUUAGUUUGAUAUAAUGGAGGGUAUUUUAUUAAAAUGGACAAAUUAUGUUAGUGGUUGGCAACAACGAUAUUUCAUUUUGGACGAUGGAGUUCUGUCAUACUAUCGAUCCAAAGAAGAAAUGAAUAGUGGAUGUAAAGGAUCGGUCAAAUUAUCUGUAUGUGAUGUUAUAGUUCAUAGUUCCGAUCCACGAAGAUUUGAUUUGAUCCUUGGUGAACAAAGAUAUUAUUUGCGUGCUUUAUCGCGGGCAGAUCGACAAAGAUGGGUUAUAGCACUUGGUAGUUCAAAAGUGGGCACUGCACAAUUAAAGUCAGAAGACGUAAAUAUAUAUGAACCUUCACAGACCCAAUUAAUCGAUAAUCAUCGUUCUGAAUUGCGUCUUUAUCAUAAUUUGAUGGUACAACAAGUUAAAGAGAUUCAAAGUGAACUAAAAGAAGGUACGAUCCCAGAUAUGAAUCGUAUUGAUGAAUUAACUGGUAUGUUAAACGCAUCUUGCUCCACAUUCUUAAUAACGUUGGAUGAAUUAAUGAUUUUAAGUAAUGCACAAGCUCCAUGGUUAAGUUCCAUUGUAACAGGAACAACAUUGGAGACAAGUCCUACUAUAUUUCGAAAUACAUCAUGUCUUACCAAUACAGAUCCUUCUAAUAUACAUUCACCAAAUAUGAGUAAUAAUCUUUGUUCUUCAUUGACGAAUGAUCCUAUCUUUCGAAAUUCACAUGCACAAUCCUCAUUGAAUCGCCGUCACUUCAAUGCUACACGAAAAUAUCAAACUUUUUUCUCUACUUUAGAAUAUAGUUUUGAAGAGAUUAAACCAUCUAUACCUAUUCAACCAAUUCCAGAUAAUGAUGAUGAAAUAAAACUACCUGGUGAUUAUUUAUCAGCAUUAGAAUUUGUUAAAGCAUCUAAAUGUUUAUUGCAUUUUCUUGAUCGAUUAAAUAAUAAUACUAAUCAAACUAAUUGUACAUUAUCAACUACUUCACGUACUUUUAUUGCAUUACAACAAAUUCGUCAUCGUUUAUUAACUUAUUUAAAUUGUAUUGAAUUUCAUGUUGAAAUGCAUACUUCCACAACAAAUAUUAUUAAUGAUCAUCAUAAUCAUACUACUGAUAUGAAUACUACUGUUAUCGGUGGAACAGAUGAAAACUUAUCAAUGGACAGUAAACAGAAUCAUCAUGAUACAAAUGUAAACAAUCAUUGUAAUAUUUUAUUUAAAAAAGCUCAACUCAGCUUAGGUUAUCUUUUACGAUAUGAAGUGAAACAUAAAGAAUCUAUUCAAGAAAAUAAUAAUUCAGUUUAUAUGGCUAUUCUGUGGUUAUGUAGAUGGUUGAAUUUUGUCAGAGAAUUUAUUCAUCAUUUAUUCUGUUCACCGGAUCCAUCUUCACUUAUUAAUAAUACAUUAAAUACUGAUACAAGCCUUGUUACUAUAGCAAAUGAAGCGUAUACACGAUGUUUACGACCUUUUCAUUCAUGGUCUGUGCGAGGUAUGGCUAUGGUUAUUAUACAAUCACUUCCUUCACGUUUAUACUUAUUUGAAUUAUUAUUAAUGGAUAAUCCAGAAACAAUUCCAUCGUCAAUCACUUCACCGACUGGAUUACCUCUUGGGUCUUUCAAUGAAACUAAAUCAUUAUUAAUACGUUAUCCAGAGGCAUAUAUUCAAUUAAAAUCAGAUGCUACACGUUAUUCCGAAGCAUUAGGUCGUUUCUUAACAUUAAUCGAAGGUCUUUUAGCCAGUUUAGAUUUAAAUCGUAUAUUCACUGGGUCAGAAAGUUAUUAAUAUAGAGAAUGAGGACGGGGGGGUCUGUUUCGUAACUUUAUCUUCUUUAAUCCUCAUCAUAUCAGUGUAAUUUCGUUGUUUACAUUGAACACAUUCCUUACUUUGUUUUUAUAUGUUAUGGCUGUUUCUAAUAUCAAUAAUAAACCUAUAAACUAUUCAUUUAAAACUAUUUUUCUAUGUAUAGUCUCUUUUUUUAAUAAUUUUUUUGUUUAUAUGUGUUGUCUUUUUGUUUGUGUGUUUGUUAUUUCCUUUUUUUUCUUUUAUUUUUUUCUUGUUCUUUUUACUCGAUGAAUUAUUUAUUGUGUUUUUUUCUCUUUCUCUCAUCAUUCAUAAGCAUAUUUAAACUACAGAUUGAAAGAGUAAGUGGUGGAAUCAAUCAUUUCAUGUUUUGUUUGUUUGUGUUCGUAUGUGUACACUUCAAAGAGAGAAUGCGAGAGGGAAAUAUGGGGGGGGGAGUAAUUUCCACCCUGUUUUCCAUUUAAUAUGUUUUAGUUGCCAACGCUCUACAUCUACUCAUAUAUAUAAUUAUUGUCAUUGUCAUGAUACAAUUUGUUACGUAUCUAAUUUAUUCGAUGCAAAAUUUGUUGCGUAAGAGUUUAUCCUGUUUGUUAUUUCAAUGAAAUUUUAUGUAUUUUUUAUUCAGUUUAUCAGGAUUAUAUCCAGAUUUUAUGUACACGAAUUUAUGUGUAUUCACCAACUUAUUUAUAAUUAAUCUAUCAAUCAUGAUG